AUGUACGUACCAGGGACUUCAAUUCCUCAGACUGAGGAGGGAGGUGAACAAGAACAACUUGGCAGUUCUAGUGACAGCGACGAAGAGGAUGAUGGCGAACAAAGAGACGAUGGCCAUGUUGCCAGUGCCAGCACAACGGAAAGACAUGUGGUAGCUCCAGCUGAAAGGAGAACCAGGAGCGGGACUCCUCACAGAAGCACACAUUUCGUUGUUUUCAUAACUCUAAUUCCUACACUAACUGGUAUUCAUAAUGCCAUUUCUCUGACAUCGGUGAAAAAAAGAAGGCUGAAAAAAAGAAGGCUGACAUCGGUGCAGCUGCAACGGCCAUCUUCACAUCCCAGUUCAUCUGUUGAGAAGAACCCAACUUUUGAUCAAGACAUGUCUCUUGAAUUGCUUACUAAGGCUUUAGUCUCCAACCUUUGCUCCUUUUCAUUGACAAGCACUACAAAUUAUAGGCGAUUUUUGGCUGGAAUCUGUCCUACAUAUGACAUGGUAUCGGAAUCUGCUAUUCAAGAGAAGUUUCUCAGUAUUUUUCAGAACCAAAAGCUGAAGCUGAAGGAGGAAAUAUCACUUGCACCAGGGGGAUGUUUCCUGACACUAGCAAAGUGGGUCCUUGGAACUAAAUACUUCUUAUGUGUGACGGUACAUUUUAUUGACAAAGAAUGGAACAUGAUUAGAAGAAUCAUUAGAUGUAGCAUUGCAGGGAUUAAGGAGGAAAGCAUGGAUGGUUAUACUAGCAUGUUUCCCGAUUUUCAGUCUUACCAAAGUUUGGAUAAUAGCUGGCAUUAUUAUGAUGAGGAUGCAGAACCUGACGCAAAAAUAAUAUUAAAAGAAGUAAUCCAAAGUUGGAGUCUUGACGGGAAGCUUAUAGGAAUUUCAUUCCCCAUGUCAUUAUUUCAUGCAGAUAUAUCGGGCUUGCAGAAGAAUCUUACAGAACCUAAUUAUCUUGUCAGAAACAACUUACUAAGUUUACCUUGCAUAACAGAAUUUCUCGGUAAGAUUAUUAGUUUUUCCAAAGAUGGGAUUGUCCAAAAUCUAAGUAAGGACUGGUUUAAGUACAUGACAUGCUCCCCACUGCGUACGGAAAAAUACAAAGAAAUCCUUCUGCAACUGCAAAUAAACCGACCCACUUUUUGUUCCCAGCAAUGGUACUUGGCUUUCUACUCCCUGGAGGCUGCUCUGCAAUUUCACAAGGUCUUUCCAAACCCUGAGCUGAUAGAUUCAAAAGCUUAUGCUAGGCCAUCUCAUAACAGAGUACAGGAUACAGAGGAUUUUUGUAAUAUUGCAAGGCUGGUUUAUGACGCUAUUCAACAAGUGGCGUCCAGGUCCAGCCCAAGCAAUGUGACAUUGAAUUCAAAUUUUCACACAAUUCGGAACUUGAAGAUAGCUCUGACGAGGUCAUCUGAAAAGGCACAAAAUCUUUUUUAUCAUGAUUCAAUGAUGAAAAAGUUUGAUGAGCUUUGGGAGAAAUGGUACCUGUGGCUAUCUUUGGCUGUCGUUCUAGACCCAAGAUAUAAAAUCAGGUUUCUUUAUCGUUCCUUGAAAGAAGCUUUCGGUGGUGAUGCUAAAAAGUACACGCUCGAAGUGCGUGGAAAGAUUUGCGAGCUUUCUUUUCGGUACUCUUUUCAAGCUAAUCAGCAGAGUGGCGAGUGCUCAAAUGACAGCAACACUGAAGAUGUACCCGUACAUGAGGAACUGGGAGAGCUCAACCACUACCUUGAAGAGGAAUGUGUUCCUGAAAAUGUUCCUUUCGAUAUUCUGAAUUGGUGGAAGGGCAAUGCUUCGACGUAUCCGACUCUUGCCUUGUUGGCACGCGACAUCUUAAUGAUACCUGCAUGCGUUGUCUCUGCUGAAUCUGCAUUCGAUGAAACUGAUGAACGGGUGAGCCUUUUCAAUCGGAAACUGAGUCCUGAAGUAGUUGAAGCCCUCAUCUGCACCCAGGAUUGGAUCAAAUCUUCAGAAACAAAGGACGAUGUCUGUGGAAACACAAACAUGCCAGCUUAA